AGCUCAAUAGCCGCAAUGGUAGCGAUCACAGCUACAAUGCCAGCGCCAAAGCCACCGCUUGAACGCCAAUGUGCCGUGUGCGGUUCCAAAGAUGGCCUUAGGCGCUGCACGGGUUGUUGUCUGGUGCUAUAUUGCGGCAAAAACCACCAGACAUCGCACUGGCGGGAGCAUAAACGCGAUUGCAAAGACGUGGGAUAUUACACCACGUGCCUCCAGUUGGAAGAGCAUAUGCUCCGUGAUCACGCUGGAGACUUAGGAUUGUCGGACAAUCUCUUCGAAGAGGCAAGAGGAUGGUUUUCGGAAUUGGAUGGCGUCCAUCAGUAUCUUGGUGCCAGGAAGGACUUGGUAACGGCGAUGGUGAAAAUGAAUACGUUCGACUCGAUCCAAGCUGCGAUCUUUCAUUGCCAAGGCAUUGUGGAGCUCGAUUUUCAGGACUACACGGGAAUCGUCUUAUAUCUUCCCUCGCUCUACCUACGCCUUGGUCUCGAACAGCAAUGCUACGAUUUCUGCAAGUGGAAUAUUAUGAUCCAGGACUUCUUCGACAAGAAAGCACCGGACAUACCGUGGGGGGAAAUGGGUGACAUGUGCGUGAGCAUGAAGAACUCCAAUGUUUUCGAAGAUCUAGAGUACUUCACGGACAGUGCCGCUCCUUGCGAACUCUUUUACCUGGUUGCCGUCAUGUUGGUCAAGUUUCGCUUGCUCCAAGACCUCCUUGCUCUCCAGGCUACCACUGAAUCUGUCGGAAAGCGAGUCCCAACGGAGAUCCUCGACUACAUCUGUCUCUAUGUGGUCAGGCCUGUGGUAGUGAAGAACCGAACGAUCAUGGAGUCGACCGACCGAAGUUACGAAAUCCAGCUGUUGAAGAUGCAAGUUCAGUUCCUCUUCAGGCUUGUCAGCAAGAGAUUCAAGUCUACAUGGCUCGGAUUGAUCCAUCCGAGAUCGAAGCAAGGCCUCGGUAGCGGUACGAGGUGUCCUUGCUGUGAAACCGGCGGCCGAUACGUCCUUCAGAACAGCUGCGAUGCUUGGGCCGAGACGCCCGGUGCGAUAGAUCAUGCGAUGGAAUUCAUCGAGCAAAUGGGUAUCAAGCUGGAGCUAGCUGAUGUUUCGAAGAAAACGUGUGCCCACCAAAAGCAGGACAUCAACGCGAAAUGAUGACCCAUGCUGUGGAUGGCUAGAAUGGGGGUGGUACUCAAUGGUAAGGGUGAUAUCCGUUUUAUAACGCUAUCAACGACGACAGGCAUGACACCAAUGAAUGGGGGCCAAAAGGGAGUUUCGGGGACACUGCUCACUUUCAAGACUAUAUGGGGUAUGCUAGAAGCAUACUACAGGCUACAGAGCUGGGGAUUUGAUUAAAUAUGGACGGAGUAGGUCUGUCAGGUCAUCCCCAAUUCGGUAGUGUUCAACAGCAAAAACUAGAUAUAUCCACGCUGGAAUAAUUAUUUACCGAAGCUAUUAGGACGGAGUGUAUCGUGUAGCAAUC